AGAGAGGGGGCGGAGGACAGAGAGAGAGAAAAGAGGGAGAGAAAGAAAGAAAAGAGACUGUGCGUGUUUCUCAGGCGGAGUUCACCGUUGGAAUUCAUCGUCUACUUUCUGUAGUUUUUUUUUUUUUUUAGGAUUGCUGGAGGAGAGAAAGGAGCAAGAAAGCGCCGCUAACGAGCAGAUGUUAUAGCCGGACUACCCCUCUGUUUCCAGCCCGAGAUCGCGCUUAGAAUCCGGUAAAAUGUGGCAGCCUGCGUCGGAGCGAUUGCAGCAUUUGCAGUCCAUGCUGAAGACCAAACUCAACGUGCUGACACUUCGAAAGGACCCACUGCCUACGGUGAUCUUUCAUGAGCCAGAAGCCAUUGAGCUGUGUUCCACCACACCUCACACCAAAAACCGCACACACACCGGAUACAAGGUGACUUACCUUGGCAAAGUGACGAUCUCCGGCACUCAGUUCCUGUCUGGCUGCACAGAGUCAGCAGUUGUGGGAUUGUGGGACACAAAGCGAAAGUCUUUUGCCCACGAUGACUCCAUCACCUCUUCAAAUGCCAUACUGGAGAUCCGCCCAUUCCAGGUGCGACUGCAGCACCUGGAUGGCCGGGGCGAGGCUACGGUUGCCAUGGACACCUUCCAGGUGGCUCGCAUCGCAUACUGCACGGCGGAUCACAACAUAAACCCAAACGUGUUCGCAUGGAUCUACCGGCAAAUCAACGACGAUCUUACGUUCCAGAUGGACUGCCAUGCUGUGGAGUGCGAGAGUAAAUUAGAGGCAAAAAAACUCGCUCACUCCAUGAUGGAAGCCUUUAAGAAAACCUUCCACAGCAUGCGCAGUGACGGACGUAUCCACAAGAGCGGAUCAUCUGACGAGUUUCCCGAAGAAUCGAGCACACCUGAUGAUGGCUGAGGGCGGGGCUGGGCUACUAUAAAGUGGGGAAAUGGGGGAGUGCCAGAUUGAGAUAGGGCAGGUACUGGUUUGUUGGUACCGUCUUAUUAUUCUUAUCCUUAGAGUCACUCGCUCUCUUUAUCUUUGUGCCAUAAAAGUAUAUUCAGAAAAUGAGUAACGAAAUCACAAAAAAGCCGAUGGAAAUUCGAAUGUAAUGACCUGGAUAGAAAUGAUCAGAACAGAAAUUCAAACCAGUAAACUGAUUUUUGCCUUGAUUGUGUCUAUUUUACUAAAGCAUAUACACGUGUAUUAAAAAGACUUCAGUAAGGUACAACACAUUAUUAUGAAACUUUGAAUCGGAUGGUUACACUCCCACUGGAAAGCUGCUGUUUUUAAAUAUAAAGUGAAAAGUUGCAAGAAUUUAUUACAUCUUGUUUCUUUACAUUUGUUUAGUCAAUCAAAAAUUUGGACAAUUCACAUUCUGUAUGUGUGCGAGGCGGGUUAUGGGAAGUGACUUUUUAAAGUAAAAUUUUGGAUAACUAAAAGAUUAUUUUGAUAUUUAUGGCAGACAGCCAGCCUAGGGCAUUCGUUUACUGUUAUUGGGCCAUCGACUCAUUGCCAAUUGGGACCAGACAUCAAUUUUCACGUAUUUUAAAGAAUACCAAAAGUUUAGUGUGUGUGAUAUAGUGUCUGACUGCCGCUCAUGAGCCUUUUAAUAACUAUGGAACGGGUUCUCUACAACAAGCUAAAGUGUGCAAGAGUAUGAAGUAUGCUUGUCUUGUGUAGUUAGUGCGCGCCUGAGGAUGUGUUUGUGUGUGUGUGUGGUAAAGUGUUAGGGUGUGACAGACGUUCCAGUGAUACAUCAGUAUGACAUCACGCAGGGCUAUUUCAUUUUAAGGGAUACUUCACCUAAAAAUGAAAAGACUUGAUUGUCACUGUCAAGCACCUUUUGUGUUUUAUGUCGUGAAGGCGAGCGAUGACAAAAUGUUCCUUUAAGGCUGAUAUUGUUUUGACUGUGCUGCUUUUUUUGUACAAUGAAUUCCUGUUUCCAGUCCUUUAUUAGCAUACAGGGUGUUGGGGGAUCUUUGAAAGAGCUGUGUGAAUGUUUGUGCAGGGUGAGGGAGGUUCCAGGACCCCAAAAACAGUUGUCCCAUAGAGUGCCUGUAUAUUCCCCCUAUGCUGAAUGUAUGUCUCUUGUGCUGCAAGCGCUAUAUGUGUACUGGUACUGAAAGCCUUGUUUUAUUAUUUUUUAGAUUUUUAAAUAUACAUUUGUAUUCGCGGGUAAAUUGGAAGUUGUAGAAAGGUUUAGGUCAUUAUUUGUACAUGGUUUGUACAAGAUAUCAAAAUGGGAUGUGUGUGUGUGAUUUUGUCUCAAAAUAUCUCACACACACACAGACAUACACGGCUCCACUCGCCUGGGAAAACCCUUUUAUGGGGACAAUGGAUAGUGGAGAACAAAUUUGGGUAAUUUAGAGAUCCACACAUAAUUUGUAUUUCAAUUUUGAAUAAAACCGGAUUCAGAUUUAGGUUGUAUUGUUGUGGAUCUGGUUUCAGGAAGAGAAAGAUUAAGAGAUUUCUGGGUAAAUGGGCAUCUAUAAAUAUAAAGAAAUAUAUAUAAAAGAUAUAUACAGUGUAUUUGAAAAUAAUUCAUUAAGCUUGUGUAAAUACAAAUGUAUCCAUUUUUUUCUUUUAAUACUGCAUUAAAUGUAAGAUAUUUUGAAUGAAGUGAUAAGCAUCAUUAAAUGAAUCAGUAUUAUGGCCAACUGUGAAUCUGGAUCAGGAAGGAAGCAAGCCUGUGACUGAUGAAUUGUCCAGGGCAGAGAUAAUGAAAUGAGUGUCUUUUUGUUUUUAUUCAUUGCAUUUGAUUUUGUAAAAUUGUAGACAUUCUCACUACAUGUCUUAAUGGCUCAGACUCGCUUAAAUGUUUUGAAAUGUUACCGUAUGUGUUUUUUAAUGCUGUAUUUGCAAAGAAAUGAUCAAUCAUAUAUAAAACAUUUACCAUGUUAAA